ACCAAACAUUACAACUCCUUUGAGGAUGAUGAGCUGAUGGAAUUUCUUUCAGAGCUGGAGAGUGACACAGAGGAGAGACCCACAAGAUCCCGGCGACUGAAUGACAAAACACGUCGUUAUCUACGGGCAGAAUGCUUCCGGGUGGAAAAGAACCUGCUCAUAUUUGGCUGGGGACGCUGGAAGGACAUCCUGACUUUGGGACGCUUCAAAUGGCACUUAAAUGAGAAAGACAUGGAGAUGAUCUGCAGGGCAUUGCUGGUUUACUGUGUGAAACAUUACAAAGGAGAUGACAAGAUCAAAAGCUUCAUUUGGGACCUCAUCACUCCCAUAAAAGAUGGUGGAAGCAACCAGGCUCUGCAAAAUCACUCAGGUUUGUCAGCCCCCGUCCCACGUGGAAGGAAAGGGAAGAAAAUGAAGAAUCAAAUGUUAUUGCCAGAGAUCAAGAAUGCUGACUGGCUGGCAAGC